CACCGUUCUCCGUCAAGCUAACCUCAAUGAAAAGAAACGCGAGUGUGCCUUCACAGUAAACUUACCGUCGCCGCUCUGAAGACAUUUGUUGAUUUAUUUUGAAUGCUGUGACCGGGACGUGUAUCCGUAACUCUGAGAUCUGACCGUGUUUGGGCCACAGCUGCAGAUCCGUAACGCUCGGCUGAAUGUAAGGCAGAGACGCUAUCCGACGGUACAUGUGCGCGAUAAUACAACGCAGAAGGAACCGUGCAAUUGAUCACAUAUGGAUCCCAACCGGAUCAUCCAGGCUCUGAAAGGGACUAUCGAGCCUAGUCUGAGGAUAGCUGCGGAGAAUGAACUCAACCAGUCAUACAAGAUCAUCAAUUUUGCCCCGACCCUGCUUCAGAUCAUUAUGUCGGAGCAGGUGGAGUUUCCUGUUCGCCAGGCAGCGGCCAUCUACUUGAAGAACAUGGUGAGUCAGUACUGGCAGGACAGAGAGCCGUCUCUUGGGGAGGUCGUCUUUCCCUUCAACAUCCACGAGAACGACCGGCAGCAGAUCAGAGACCACGUAGUGGAGGGCAUCAUCCGCUCUCCAGAGUCCAUACGCGCCCAGCUGACCAUGUGUCUACGAGCUAUCAUCAAGCACGACUUCCCCGGCCGCUGGACCGCUAUAGUGGACAAAAUUGGCAUGUACCUGCAGUCUCAGAACGGCGGCAGCUGGUACGGCAGCUUGCUGGCUCUCUACCAGCUGGUCAAAACAUACGAGUACCGGAAGGCAGAUGAGAGGGAGCCAUUGCUGGCAGCCAUGCAGAUCUUCCUGCCAAGGAUUCAGCAGCUCAUCAGCCAGCUGCUUGCUGACGCUACCAUCUUCUCUGUCCUCAUUCAGAAACAGAUCCUCAAGAUCUUCCACGCUCUCGUACAGUACUCACUGCCUCUGCAGCUGAUCAACAACACAGUGAUGACUCAGUGGAUGGAAAUCCUCCGAGCCAUAAUGGACCGAGACGUCCCAGCUGAAACAUUGGAGGUUGAUGAGGACGACCGUCCUGAGCUUGCAUGGUGGAAGUGCAAGAAGUGGGCGUUACGCAUCAUCACAAGACUGUUUGAAAGGUAUGGAAGCCCUGGCAAUGUGACAAAGGAGUACUAUGAGUUUGCAGACUUUUUCAUGAAGACCUAUGCAAUGGGCCUACAGCAGGUCCUGCUGAAGGUAGUGGACCAACACCGACAGAAGCACUAUGUUACUCCUCGCGUCCUGCAGCAGUGCCUCAACUACCUCAAUCAGGGCCUGUCACACUCACUGACCUGGAAACAGAUGAAGCCACAUAUGCAGACCAUAUGCCAGGAGGUCAUCUUCCCUCUCAUGUGUUACAAAGAUGAGGAUGAGAAGCUUUGGCUGGAAGACCCUUAUGAGUACAUCCGCAUGAAGUUCAGUGAGUACACUCCAUCCAUCACUGAGCUCGCUCAGCCAAGAAAAGCAUUAUGCCAAAUCAGGCUGUAUGUUGGCUAAUAGAUAACACACCAUAUCUGUUAUUAAAUAUCAUUGGUAACAUUUUGUAAAUGCUUGUUUGAAUUAUCAUGCAUAAUAAUCUAUGUACAUUAUCAUGUACAGUAGAUUAUUAGAGCACAGGAAAAACUCCCUGAAAGUGAGUG